ACUGUCUGUUCUUCUGCUUACCGCUACAGUGUGGAACAUGGUGGAGAGUACACAAUGAAACCUGGGCUUAGAAAAUAUGUCUGUGAUCUCACACUGGACCUAAACACAGUAAACAGACUCCUCUCUCUGUCUGAGGAGAACAGAAAGGUGACAUGUAGGCCAGAGAAGCAGCCGUAUCCUGAUCACCCAGAGAGAUUUGAGGACUGUAGACAGGUGCUGUGUAGAGAGGGUCUGACUGGGCGCUGUUACUGGGAGGUAGAGUGGAGUGGGAGAAGGGCUGAUAUAGGAGUGACAUAUAAAGGAAUCAGCAGGAGAGGAGGGGUUAAUGACUGUUGUCUUGGAUGGAAUGAAAAGUCCUGGAGUCUGUUCUGCUCUGACAACAGUUACAUUGCCUGGCACAAUAAUAAUCCCACUACCAUAGACGUCCCCCCCUCCAGCUCCCACAGAGUAGGAGUGUAUCUGGACUGGCCAGCCGGCACUCUGUCCUUCUAUAGAGCCUCCUCUGACACACUGACCCACCUGAUCACAUUCACCUCCACAUUCACUGAGCCCCUCUAUCCAGGGUUUAAUGUUUGGAAUGAUGGCAACUCAGUGUCCCUCUGUCAGUGA